AUUCCGAAUCUGUUGCAAAACGUUUAUUGAACGGAAGCUAACAGAACGAAACGGGGAGGGACCUACCUGAAUGUGUCCAAUAGAAACAACUGUUUGAACUAAUAAUCAUGCCUACUGCGGUCGGUGAGUCCUGACAUCACGGAGACAUUGAUAUGGCAAUACUACACUUGGAAACAUUCUAGUCUGUUUCGGACGGACAGCAUAAGCAACAUCAUGUCGUUUAGCUGGUCAGCAAAAGACCACAAGAGUUAUACAAAUCCACCCUCCAACCCAACCCAAGGGCUGAAGCGGCCACGGAACGAAACAGGGAACAAAGUGACAGUAGUGCUCGGUGCGCAAUGGGGAGAUGAAGGCAAAGGAAAAGUCGUCGAUUUAUUGGCGACUGAGUCUGACCUUGUUUGCAGAUGUCAGGGUGGUAACAAUGCAGGCCACACAGUGGUAGUGGAAGGCAAAGAGUAUGACUUCCACCUUCUCCCCAGUGGAAUUAUCAACCCCAAAAGUAUAUGUGUCAUUGGUAAUGGCGUAGUCAUACACCUACCAGGUUUGUUUGAGGAGGCGGAGAACAAUGAGAAGAAAGGUCUCAAAGGCUGGGAGAAGAGACUAAUAGUCUCUGACAGAGCUCACCUGGUGUUUGAUUUCCAUCAGGUUGUGGAUGGAAUUCAGGAGACCCAGAGACAAGCAACAGAGGGAAAGAUAAUUGGAACAACCAAGAAAGGUAUUGGACCCACCUAUGCCAGCAAGGCAUCUCGCACAGGACUGCGUGUCUGUGACCUGCUGGGAGACUUCAAGGAGUUCUCUACCAAAUUCAAGAACCUUGUCGAACAGUACCAGUCCAUGUACUCAUCCCUGACAGUUGAUACUGAAAGUCAGCUGAAAAAACUGAAGGAGUAUGGAGAGAGGUUGCGGCCGAUGGUUCGGGAUGGAGUCUAUUACAUGUACGAGGCUCUUCAUGGACCCCCAAAGAAAAUUCUGGUGGAAGGGGCCAACGCUGCCCUCCUCGACAUUGACUUUGGCACAUAUCCUUUUGUGACCUCAUCAAACUGCACCGUUGGUGGGGCAUGCACUGGUCUUGGCAUCCCUCCCCUGAAUAUUGGUGAAGUGUAUGGUGUAUCAAAGGCCUACACCACCAGGGUGGGAAUUGGUGCCUUCCCCACAGAACAGCUCAAUGUGACAGGUGAGCUGCUGCAGACAAGGGGUCAUGAGGUGGGCGUGACCACAGGCAGGAAACGUCGCUGUGGCUGGCUGGACCUGGUCAUCCUGAGAUACGCUCACAUGAUCAAUGGCUUCACUGCCAUUGCUUUGACAAAACUUGACAUCCUUGAUGUGCUGGAUGAGAUCAAAGUAGGAGUGGCCUACAAAAUCAAUGGCAAAAGAAUUCCCCAUUUCCCAGCUGACAUGGAGCUGUUGCACAAAGUGGAGGUAGAGUAUGAGACCUUCCCCGGCUGGAAGAGUGACACGUCUGCAGCCAGGAAGUGGAAUAAUCUCCCCCAGAAGGCUCAGAACUACAUCCGCUUUGUGGAGAACCACAUUGGAGUACCCAUUAAGUGGGUCGGUGUAGGAAAGUCCAGAGAGUGCAUGAUCCAGAUGUUCUAGAGAGUUUACCUCCUCUCUCCUCAAGAUGGACGCACAAAGAUAUGGCAUGAUGUGACAUAUGUUUGCAAACCCCAAACUGUCUAAUAUUGUGGUAAAAAAAAACUACUUAUGCCAACAGAUUUGUGUAGCUUUGAAACAAUGUUGACUGGUAAUGUUGGUAACUUUACAUCUAUCUAUGCAGUGCUUCUCAUCAGUAAGUUGCCUUGUGAUGAUGUCGGCCAGAAAGUCCUAUUAUUGACCAAGGAGUAAAUCUUACCUUGUGCCACACAACAAACAUGAAAGAUAAAAACACAUCCAAUAACUUUU